UCUUGUUACUUUAGUCAUAUAUAUAUAUAUAUAUAUAGUCUUACAAAACAUGUCCGGAAAAGAUAAGCAUAUAACUACAUUGGAGCAACUACAACACGAGCAUCCGCUUGAACUUGUAGAUUUGCUGCCUAAUUAUCCGAACUACACAGAAUAUAAUGAUGAUGACGAUGAUGAUUACGAGAAUGAUGAUAUAAAAUGGGACUUUUCUAGUCCAUGUAAUCUAUGUGGGCAAGAAAUCAAUCUUUACCAACGCUAUUAUUAUAAAUGUAGCCGCAAUACAUGUUACUACUUUCUCCACAAAUGGUGUGGAGAGCUUCCCACAGCGAUAAAUCUUAGAUUACAUCGUUGUUUGGAUGCUCUUAUCCUUUGCCAUAUAAUGUACGAGUCGCGUUGUGAGAUUUGCAAGACUCGUCUUGAGCCAAACGAGAGUGUUUUUAGAUGUCGUAAUAAAUGUUAUUUUCAUGUAGAUGUUAAGUGUGUCAUUGCAUCAAUAGAAGAUCGAAUCAUUUAUCAUCCAAGCCACCCACACCCACUGGUUCGUGCUACCACCCAUAAACCAAUUUCAUGCCAUUGUGAUGCUUGUGGGAAGGAACAUAUAGGUAACUUGUAUCAUUGUACCACAUGUUUUAACUUCUCUGUCCAAAGUGGUUGUCUUUUCAGAUCCAAAAAGAAACUAAGCACUCAUCAUACUCACCCACUUAUCCUUUCUUAUUCAUUCCCAUGGGAGGAUCAAAAAGCAGAGUUUUAUCCAACAUGUAGGAUAUGCAAGGGAAGCUUUCACAACGAGACUCUUUGGAUUUAUAAAUGCGAGAAAUGUAGGUAUUAUGUUCACGUGGAUUGUGUAAAAUCAAUAGAGGACCCGUACAUUUCAGGACUUGGAGAAACUGGUAAAAACUAUGAAGAGAGUGAUUAUGCUAAUAUCCAUAAUCUUCCAUUCACGGACCAAAGCAACAUCAUAAAAAAACACCCAUCGCUAACAAAGCCUUCAUCUUCCGAGACGAAUGCAUUAACUAAUGAUGUGCUGACCUCUGAUUAUCAUCAACACCCACUACAUCUUAUCCACACGCAACCUAGUGAUGAUGAUAGAGGGAAAACAUCUAAGUCAUCCGUAUCUUGUCAUAACGCAAUGAAAAAGAUUGAACUUUUAUGUGACGCAUGUGUGAGACCAAUCACAAGCGUGCCUUUUUUCCAAUGCACCAAUCACGGCCCCGCGUUUGUUCUCCAUGAAUGGUGUACCCGUUUACCCCGUAAGUUGCCAAAUCACAUUGGUCAUCCACAACAUACACUUAUUCUCAUACCAAAAGUCCCUGGUGAGUGCUUUGGUGUGUUCAAUUGUCGUAUUUGCGCACUUCCUAGUAACGGGUUUGCCUAUGGUUGUGAAAGAUGUGAUUACUACAUUGAUGUUACAUGUGGAUUCUUACCUGGAGAGAUCACACACGAAGCGCAUCCAAAUCACCUAUUAAAAAUAGUUCAGACUAAAAAAGAUGAUCAUCGGUGUCUUGCAUGUUUACAAUCUUGCCACUUAAAUUCAUGUUCAUAUAAAUGCCUCACCUGUGAAGAUGUUUAUCUACAUCCAGAAUGUGCUUUGUUAUUACCAAAGACAAUCAUGCACAAGUAUGACAAACACCCCAUGAAGUUGAGCUACAAGCCAAUUGAGAACCACAAGAGCGAAUACUUUUGUGAAAUUUGCGAGUUAAAGUUUGAUCCCAAAAGAUGGUUUUAUCAUUGUUAUGAUGAGUGUGCGCAGUCUGUGCAUUCCGCAUGUGCUCCAUUGAUACUUGAGAAUGAAGAACAUGUCUUUUCAUAUUUCGGAAAAGGAGUUUAUGAGUAUGUGAACAUAAAGUUUGGAAGUGUACUUAAUAAAACUACAGUUCACUCACAUUCUCUCGUAUUGGGUAAAGGGGUCAACGGUGAUCAAGGGUGCAAAUGUGGACAUAAUGUAAGGUAUGCGAUGGUAUUUAAAUGUGUGGAGUGCAAGUAUGUAAUUCAUUACAAAUGUGUAUUCCGUAUAAAAUAAUAAGUUGUAGGUUCGUUUAUUUCUUAGAAUUCAUGCUUGAUUAUUGAGAUGUAUAAUAAUGGUGGAUUUGGUUACUGUGUGAAAUGGUAUUUGUGUUUGUAAA